GCGCUCGUGACCGGAGGCGCGGGAUUCAUCGGCUCGCACCUCGUCGACUUGCUCCUCCGACUCGGGUACCGCGUCCGCGUGCUGGAUAACCUGAGCACGGGCUCGAGGGCGAACGUCCCGGGGGGGGGCACGCGAGAAGAAGAAGACGCGAUCGACGCGUCUGAUGACGGCCCCUACGACGUCGCCGUCGUCUUCCAUCUCGCGGCGAUGAGCAAAGUCCUUCCGUCGCUGAACGCGUCCGCGACGAACAUGACGGCGUUUUGCGUCGAGAACAACGUCGUCGGCACGGAGAACGUGCUGCGGGCGGCGAAACGCGCGGGGACAGUCGAGAAAGUCGUCUACGCCGCGUCGUCCACGCACUACGGGCACGCGUCCGUCCCGCACGAGGAGACGAUUCCGUUUUCCUCGGGGGAGGCCGCGUCGUCGCCGUACGCGCUCACGAAGCACAUGGGCGAGGAGCUGUGCGCGCUGUACGACGCGUUCUACGGCCUCCCCACGACGUCGUUGCGGCUAUUCAUGGUGUACGGGCCGCGGCAGCCGACGGACGGGGAGUACGCGACGGUGACGGGGAAGUUUUUGGCGAUGAAACGACGCGGGGAGCCGCUGCGCGUCGAAGGCGCGUUUCGCGACGGCUCGCAAUCGCGGGAUUUCGUGCACGUGUCGGACGUAGCGCGCGCCUUCGCGCUCGCCGCGCAGACGCCGGCGGCGAACGGUCUCAGCGUCAACGUCGGCAGCGGGACCGCGCUGAGCGUGAGCGCGCUCGCGGACAUGGUGGGCGGCGAACGCGUCGCGGCGGCGCCGCGCGUCAACGACCUGCGCGCGACGCUCGCGAGCACGUGCCGCGCGAAGGAGGUUUUGGGCUUCGAGACGACGCGGGAUUUUCGAGACGCGCUGAGGUGCGUUCUACACACUGGUCCCCAUACGACCGCGUUGGCGAGGUGGACGCCG